AUGAACAGUGUGCACAUCCAGAAAACUGACCAACAAACGGUGUUUCAGAGUGCAGCUCUUUUUGAUUCUUUAACUGUUCGUGAAAAUGUUGGUUUUCUUCUGUAUGAGAAUUCCACCAUGCCCGAGGAUCAAACUUCGGAGCUUGUAUCAGAAACUUUGGCUGCCGUUGGCUUAAAGGUAUGGUCGAAAAGAAAAUUUGUGGAAGUUGAGAAUCGAUUACCUUCUGAGUUGUCUGGCGGGAUGAAGAAAAGAGUUGCAUUAGCCAGGUCUAUAAAUUUUGAUACCACAAAGGAUACAAUAGAGCCCGAGGUAUGUCUACAAAGUGGUUCUGUUG